AUGGAUGAGCAAAACAGUGAGAGCUCGGAUGUGGGGGGCUUACUUGAAGUUCUCGAAGAGUGUGCGCUUGGUGACUGGGACGUGAGUGCAGAUGAGUUGCUGUUAAAGUCGUUGAUGACAAUGCAGGCGAAGCUUUCCGCCCGUUUUGACUCUAUUCGCGGUAUGGUGGACUCCCUUUAUGAUGAGGCGCGUACGGCCUCGAUCCAACUUCAAAACGCCAUGAAUUCCUUUGCCGUCUUAUCACAGAGGCAGUUCGUGCAGAACCGUGUGUCGGCAGAAGACGAAGGUAGCGAAAGAGAAACCGAGCCCUCCAAGUCUGAUGAAGGCGAGUCAGAGGAUAGAGAAAGGGGUCUUGGGGACGUGGAGGUGAGGGUUGCCCGUAUGUGCCAAGAGUGCGUAGACCUUAGCUAUCGUGUUCUCAAGAAACGAACAAUGCCGUUGCUCGACGAGGACUCUUCCCUGAGUGAGUAUGGUUCGGGGGAUGAUGAGAGCGAAGGAAGCUCCGCUGAGGUUCGCCGCCCUUCUUGCUCUGAGAAUCUCUUCAUGUCACCCAUUACUUCAAGAAAAUUUCUCAGCGACCCGUACGGGGGCUACUUUGAUAAUACUGUCGGCAAAGCAGAUUUUACCUCGGGAGGGAGGCGUCGUCUUGGUGGUUCUACGGGACGAAUGGGAAGAGGCUCGCGGCAAAACCCGUCAACGAGAUUAGGGGGACCGACGACCGUGCGUCCUGCUGCGCCACCGCCGUUGCCACCCACUCCCCCACCGGUUCAGAUGGCGAAGGCGAAAGGGACUUUGCCCCCACCACCUCCACCGAUGCCCACAGGAAAGCUUAAGGCUCCCCCGCCUCCACCGCCACCGUUUGCGUCGAUUGCUGGAAAGACGAGGGCACCCCUGCCACCGCCACCCCCUGCGCCUACUGGAAAGACUCAGGCCCCAGCAGCUCCACCCCCUGCGCCUACUGGAAAGACUCAGGCUCCAGCAGCUCCACCCCCUGCGCCUACUGGAAAGACUCAGGCCCCAGCAGCUCCACCCCCUGCGCCUACUGGAAAGACUCAGGCUCCAGCAGCUCCACCCCCUGCGCCUACUGGAAAGACUCAGGCCCCAGCAGCUCCACCCCCUGCGCCUACUGGAAAGACUCAGGCUCCAACAGCUCCACCCCCUGCGCCUACUGGAAAGACUCAGGCUCCAGCAGCUCCACCCCCUGCGCCUACUGGAAAGACUCAGGCUCCAGCAGCUCCACCCCCUGCGCCUACUGGAAAGACUCAGGCCCCAGCAGCCCCGCGUGUCGCCGCACAGACGCAAAAGCAGCAGGCAAAAAAAGGUGUAGCUGCGUUUCUCGACUCUUCCGACAGUUCGGACGGGUCAGAAGCGAAACCAUGUGCGGGGGCUGUGGUAAGACCGGGUCUGGCAGCUCCUUCGCUUGUACGAGAGAAUUCAACGCUCCCGUCACCCGCACCAGUGCUAAGCAUGAAGAGGCCACCUGCUGCUUCAUCGGGAAAGGGAAAGGUUGCCCUGUUCGACUCGAGCUCGGAUAGUGACGAAGAAAACUCUGGUGUGCGAGCAGCCACUUUCACUGAGAAGGAUGACCAACAGUUCCCUAAGGGAGGGGUGGGUGCUGGUGAUUUGGCGCGCAAAGGCUCUCCGAGGGGGGUUCCGAGUCGAGCAACGAGCGGCAGUAGGGUCGGUCCAACUGACCAACAGAAGCUGAUAUCACCAGUGGGCAGCCCGCGGAGCAGGCGUCCAAUCUUUUCUAGUUCAAGCGGCAGCUCUCCGGAAGCGACUCCACCGAGGGCGAGUAUCAAACAAACCGGUUGCCGAGGUGCGGCUCUCGGGGUAUCCAGUACCGCACAGGUAGGCGGCGGUAAUAACCAAAGCACAACCGCAAAACCUCUCCCAACCACAUUUCAAUCUGUCGAGAGGAGUGUUCCAGCGUCUCCACCGCCGCCAGAAGGAGUGCGUGCUAGGAGUGAGGCCGCACCUGCACAGUCGCCCGAUGCCGCAGCCAAUGUGAUGCCUAUUGUGAAGACGGAAACUCAACCACAAGGUGAUGACAAAGAGCAGCAUACUGCUGCGCCCCUGAAGGUGAUACCCAAUGUAGCCUUCAGCAAGCGUAAAAUAAGCGAUAGCGAUUCCGACAAUUAG